UGGGUUUGUUGACAAACAACGACGCCAUGAUCGGUUUUUGGACAAACACAAAAUUCAAAAUGGCGCCUUCGGCGUGGCGAUCGCGAUCGCGAGUUUCCGCGAGUAUUUUUAUUCCUUGGUUGGUGGUUACAGCGGUCGGACGGGUAUCUUAAAGGGUUGUUGUGCAAGAUGGAGAUGAUGAUGGAGAGUUACUUUAAUCUGCAUUACUAUGGGUAUGGAAUGGGUGAGCUGGGGUUUGAUUCGGACGACGAAGAUAUGGAAGAGGAAGAGGAGAAGAUCGUGGAACCGGUGAAGGAAGAGGUCGAGAAUCGAGAGUUUCCGUUCGAUGACGAUGUGUUUCAAUACAUCGCGAAGGCUCCGCGGGUUCGAGUUGGUUGGGACAAUCUUCCAAUGGAGGUACUGAUCCACGUCUUCACGUUCAUCCGACCGAGUGAUCGUAACUCGGCGGCUCUUACGUGUCGUCGUUGGUUUGAAGCCCUGCGUCAUCCGCAGUUCCUGAACGCGACCUGCUUUCACUUCGAACGGAUCGAGGUCUGCGACAGCAAGUCUCCGAUCCAGAUCUUCCUGGACAGCUUUCGGCACUUUACCAACAUCAAGCUGACGCGGGUUCAGUUCAGCGGCCAAACGGCGUUCUGGGACUUCUUCGGAGUGUACAUCCGCGAGAUAACGUUCGACAACUGCGCACUAACCAAGCCAAAACUCUGCAACAUCGUGGGCUGCCUGCCAAAUUUAGAACGUCUCAAUUUGAUUGACUGCGACGAGCUGUUCAAGAGCUGGCACCCGGUAGACUUUCAAGACAUGAUCCUCUGCAAGCGCCUUACCCACCUCGGUCUACGCAAGUGUAGCGCCUUCAACGAGGAGCACCUCAACUACCUGAUCGCGAUGGCCCCACGCAUAUCGUCCCUCGAGAUCUCCAAGUGUCUCAAGGAGCUCGACCCAAACCAGCGCGUCCAAAUUCUGUCCCACAUUCUGCGCAUCCUAAAAAAUUACAAGCACCAGAUGAAGUCGGUCAAUUUUAGUUACACCAUGUACGACGAUCUGUUUCUCAAGCAAUUCGCCGAGAUUGAGAGCAUGUCCCUGAGUACCAUCAGUCUGUCCUUCUUCGCCCGAGCCCCCAUCAAGGACCCCGGCAUCAUCGAUGUUCUCCGGAAGCACACCAACUUGAUCCACCUAGAUCUAACAUCCUUCCUAAACCUCACCGACUUUGCCCUGAUCGAGAUAGCCGAUUCAAUGCCCCUGUUGAAGACUCUCAAGCUCAACGGUUGCUGGCUCCUGACGGACUUUGGGAUUGGCGAGAUCCGAAGGCUCCGCAAGCUGACGAUCCUGGACCUGUCGGAUUGCGAUCGUAUCACCGACGAAGGCUUCAUGAAGGCAAUCAUCGACAAGGGUCGGACCAACAUGAGGGAGCUACACCUGAGUAUGCUGCCCGGGAUAUCCGAGGGUAUGAUACUGAAAAUCUGUCUGACGCUGGUGAAUCUGACCGUGGUGGACUUUUGCGGGUCGAACUGUGUGAACGAUACCUCGAUUCAGUACAUGUUUUCCUACUUGAGGAUGCUGCGGGUCUUGCGGUUGAAUGGGUGUGUUAAGAUCUCCGACGCGGGCCUGACCGGCAUCGACCUCGAGCGGCCCGCCAUCGAGAUCUGGAACGAGCAGCAAACCUUCUCGCUGGACAUGCUCCAGGGCCUCCAGGAACUGCAAAUUUCCGGCUGCUUCAAGGUCACGGACCUGGCCCUCACAACCUGCUUCAAGCUUGUCGAACUGCGCGAAAUCAACCUGUCGCACUGCGUUAAUAUCACCGACGAAGGCAUCGAGGCCAUGGUCCUGAACUGCCCCUCGCUGGAGGUGAUGGAUCUGAGCGAUUGCCACCUGCUCAACGAUCGUGCCAUCGAACUAAUCAGCAAACAUCUGAUCAGGUUGAAGGGUUUGAAGCUGUUGCGACUGCCGCUGCUCACUGCCGAAAGUAUCUACGCGAUUUUGACCAACUGCAAGCUGUUGAAGAACAUCAAUCUGAGGGGGUGCCACAAACUGCCACGGGACACGACCACGCUGCUGGGGAAGCUAAAGUCGCUGCGGAACUUGCCAAAAUAUUUUUUAUAAAGAGAAAUGUUUAAAUAAACGACUAUUAUACAAAUCAAAGCAAAUUCCUGAAUUCUCGAGAUAGUUUUUAAAAGGUCCUUAGCGCAAGUAAGGAACGCAUGCGAGCGGAGUACAUUUUCCACACACUGAAGGACUUUUACUGAUUGACAACAUGACUGUUCCAACAAAAACAAUAAACGCAAAAUUAAAUUCAGUUUUUUUUGGAUAUGACUCGAUUGAACAUGAUCUGUAGAGUUAUAGUUAUCGAAAAUAUAAAGUGUCGACUCUCUGGUUGUCAAUAACUACGGAGGCCAUCGAGACAGAUAGAAUAAGAAUCCAAAAGCCGAUUCGAUAAGAAUAUCUAAUAUAUAUUAUCUAUGUAAAGCAUGAUCAUCAUUUUGAGAUCAUAUCGACAACAAUAAAGUAUUUCCGUUAGGAAUGAAAUCAGAAGGACCGUCAAGAUAGUGAAAAGUUGAGAUAAAGAGGAAUGGAGAAAAGAAAGCAUCGAAGUAUAAAGUUUAAAAUUACUUAAGAAUA